CUCAAUCAUAAUAAACAAGCCGCUAAAAUCGUGUGUAAAUUUUCAUUCAACAAAAUCAAGAAUAUUUAAUUAAGUAUUAGUCUAUAAUCCAUAUAAAGCUGAUUAAUAUACAAAAUGUCGAUUGGUGUACCAAUUAAAGUUCUUCAUGAAGCUGAAGGACACAUUGUAACAUGCGAAACAAUAACUGGCGAAGUAUAUCGAGGAAAGCUUAUUGAAGCUGAAGAUAACAUGAAUUGUCAAAUGACACAAAUUACAGUGACAUACAGAGAUGGAAGAAUGGCAACAUUAGAAAACGUUUACAUUCGUGGAUCAAAAAUCAGAUUCCUCAUACUGCCCGACAUGCUUAAGAAUGCUCCGAUGUUUAAAAAGCAAGGGACAAAAGCGGGAACGGCGGGGAGGGGUAAAUCUGCUAUACUGCGAGCGCAAGCGGCAAGGGGAAGAGGAAGAGGUGGGCCCGGUGGAUCAUCAGGGCCGUCUAAAGGUGGUCAAGGAGGUGGGAAAUGGCAGCAAGGAGGUCCCUCAGCUGGUCGUGGUCGUGGGGGCAUUUAAACUCACGAACUGCAUUUUUUUCUUACAAUUAAUUUAAUAAAAUUACCUUAAUAAUGAAAUCAAUAUCCUGAAAAUUAAUUUCGAUGCAUGAAUAUUUACCUAAUAUUCGUGACUAUUCUCCUGAAAUAUAAGGACAAAAUAUGUAAUAAAAUUAAAACUCAAGAAAAUUAUCUUUUUUC